GACGCCUCAUCCAUUAUCUAUUCAAAAUCAUCUCUCUCUCUGUCUCUCUCUCUCUCUCUCUCUCUCUCUGUGGUGUUCCCAUGAGUGUCUCAAUGGCUGCCACUUCUUCUUCUUCAACCUCACUUCCUCUCCGCAGAAACCUCCUCCAUUUCCACUCCGACUUCCACUCUCUCUCUCCAACCCCUAAACCCAUAAAAGCCCUUAAACUCAAAACCCAAUUCCCACAUGCUCCUGCUUCGUCUCUCCUCUUUCGCUCCCUUCUCAUUCGAGCUUCCGCCUACACUCAGCAACAAGAAGGAUUCGGGCACCCAAUAGAGCAAGAAUAUGAGGACCAAAUUCAGACAGAACGUAGACUGUACGUGGGAAAUUUGCCGUACUCAAUGACUUCUGCUGAAUUGGGCGAAAUCUUUGGCGAGGCCGGUGUUGUGAAAUCUGUGACGAUUGUGUAUGAUCGAGUUACAGAUAGAAGCCGGGGGUUUGCGUUUGUGAAGAUGGGUAGUGUUGAAGAAGCAAAAGAGGCAAUUCGGAUGUAUGAUGGAUCUCAAAUUGGAGGCCGAACAGUGAAGGUAAACUUUCCAGAAGUGCCAAGGGGAGGCGAAAGGGAGGUAAUGGAGCCAAGAAUACGAACCAGCGACCAAGGCUUUGUAGACAGCCCUCACAAACUCUACGCAGGAAACCUCGGUUGGAAUAUCACUUCCCAAGGGCUUAGAGAAGCUUUUGAGGGCUACCCAGGUCUAUUAAGUGCCAAGGUCAUCUACGACAGGGACUCUGCAAGAUCUCGAGGCUACGGAUUUGUAACCUUUUCAUCUGCUGAGGAGGUGGAAUAUGCCCUCAAUGCUAUGAAUGGAAUGGAGUUGGAAGGGCGACCCUUGCGGUUGAAUCAAGCCGAGGAAAGAGCUCCUAUUCCUCCAAGGCAAGCGAGAAAUUCAGAAAACAGUUUUGGCGGCAGUGAAAUGAUUUCAAGUUUCAGCAACUAAGGAGGAAAAUCGACUGGAUUAGAUGCUUUGGUUGUUCUUGAUUUUAUGAUGGAGAGUUCCAAAGAUGUGAGCUAAAUUGGUGCUUCACAAAAUUGAGUUUCCAAUUGGUCUCUGCAGAUUGAGCAAGAAAUCAAGAAAAUGUGUUUUAACCAGAUGGCAUUAUUAAUUGGAGCUGCUUAUUGUAAUUUGGUAGUUUGAGGUGUAACUACUCUUUGUUAUAUUGGGAUUGAGUUCUAAUUGCAGCUCCAAACAUGUCGUGUGAGGUACUAAUAUGUCGAUACCAGUAUGACCAAAUAGAUCUGUUCAGUAUUCUUGCAA